GUUCUUAUUCUGACAAGCAUUAUGCAAGAAAAAAUUAUGGAAAACUAUAUAUACUCUUCUAAAAAAAAUUGGUGCGCACAGCACGACUCCUUCCUUUAAAGCGACCUCUUCCUGCAGUGAAGAUCAGGACAUUAAAUCAGAUAGGAAACCUAGCUCAAGCAAGAAAGAAAAACGACAGACUUGGAAAGAUGGGCACUGCUAGAAACUGGUUCAACACAGUCCGAAAGAAGUUUAUCAAGUCAUCUCAAAGAGAUAUCACCAUUCUCCACAGCGGAAAUCUCAGUGACCACUCAAUGAUUAGAGAAGCUAGAGACUUCCCCAACAUCUCAGUUUCAUCAACAUCAUUUCAAAGAGAACAUUUAACCAGAGAAGACCUUGCAGCAAUUAAAAUCCAAUCAAUUUUCAGGGGUCAUCUCGCAAGACGAGCAUAUGGAGCUUUGAGAAGCCUAGUUAAGCUGCAAGCAGUGGCCCGCGGGGCGUAUGUCAGGAAACAAGCACAAAUAGCACUGCAGUGCAUGCGUGCACUUGUCCGUUUACAGGUCAGGGUUCGAGCCCGGCAACUCGUUGGCAUGUAUAAUGAUCACUCGUGAUGCAAGGUGCCUAAUUCUCACUUUUACAAGC